GCCAAACUUGUUAAAGUUUGAGAGAAUCAAUCAAUUCAUUACUAGAGGGCUCUCAAGAUACGAAGUAUGAUCGUGAAAUUACUGUCCUAGGUGAAAGUGCGUAGCAUAUCAUGCGGAGUACUAAUGAUCGAUGGAAUUUAUCGAUCAAUCUCUUGUUUAUCCGAUAAAUAACGACCGGGUAACGGCACAAGCGUACCAGAUCCAAAUUCCUAACUACCGACCGCUCUAUCGAGUGGGAAGCUUCCUGAUAUAAGUCGUCUCCCAAUUCCCCAUCUUUCUCAGGUUUGGCGUGAUUAAUAGAAAUUUGAUGUUUUUAAGCUAAAUUUUACCUUUUAUAUCUCGAAAGUAUCCGUGACUGGAUUUCAUUUUGUUUAGGAAGAUGAGCUGGUUCGGUUGUUGACUUUUAUCUUGGAGGAUGUUGUGAUGGGUGUUUACAAGCACAGCAGUGAACUCUUCCCUGAGAGAAGAGGUAUAGCUGUGGUUUUAUCAAAACCACUGGACUCUCGUAGAGGUCGAAGACUCCGUCGGAUUUCCAAACGAAGUUUAUUUCUUUGGGUGCUUCUACUUGUUGUACUGUUCUCUAUCUAUUUGAUAGUUUUUGGAUUGAAGAUGCACUCCCAUGGUGCCUUGCAAGAUGAUAAUUCAUCUCUGGUAGAUAUACAGGAAGAAGUUCCCAUGUUUAAUGUUUCAGAUCAAAUGAGGAAGAAACCCCGGAGGCAGAAGUUUUUCCCUUGUGGGGUAGCAUUCAGAGAUUCAGUAGAUUACGUUAUUGACCCCAAUGAUUCAGUAAACUUCACUAACUUCUCUUUGGAUUACAUUCAAAGAGAAGACAGGACCUCUCAAAACGGUGCUUUUGAUCUGGGUUUUGGAGGUCACCAGACACUUGAAGAAAGAGAAAAAUCAUUUCUUGCCAUCAACCAAACAAUUCAUUGUGGUUUUGUUAAAAGUGGUGAAGGUAGCACUGGAUUUGAUUUGGAUGAGAAUGACAAGAGAUACAUGAAUGCAUGCAAAGUUGUUGUAUCAUCGUGCAUCUUUGGCAGCUCAGAUUUUUUAAGAAGGCCAACCAGUAAACUGAUGAGUGAAUAUUCCAAGAAGAAUGUCUGUUUUGUAAUGUUUGUUGAUGAAGGAACUCUUUCAAAGCUGUCAGCAGAAGGAAAUGUGCCAGAUGAGGGGGGAUAUAUUGGACUAUGGAAGAUAGUUACUGUCAAAAACUUACCAUACAAAGAUAUGCGGAAAACUGGAAAGGUGCCAAAAUUUUUAUCUCAUCGCCUCUUCCCUUCUUCUAGGUAUUCUAUUUGGCUUGAUAGCAAGCUGCGACUAACAACUGAUCCAAUGCUAAUUAUUGAUCGCUAUUUGUGGAAAACCGGGUCAGAGUAUGCCAUUUCUAAUCAUUAUACCAGGCAUUGCGUCUGGGAAGAGGUGCUCCAGAACAAGAGACUGAAUAAGUAUAACCACACUGCUAUUGAUGAACAAUUCAACUUUUACCAGGCUGAUGGGCUCACCAAAUUUGACCGUUCUGACCCUAAUACCCCUCUUCCUAGCUAUGUCCCGGAAGGUUCGUUUAUAGUCCGGGCCCACACACCAAUGUCGAAUUUAUUUUCGUGCCUAUGGUUCAAUGAAGUGGACCGUUUUACAUCGCGCGACCAGCUGAGUUUUGCAUAUACAUUCUUGAAACUGAAGAGGACGAAUCCAGACAAACCAUUCCACUUGCACAUGUUUAAGGACUGUGAGCGUAGGUCACUUGUGAAGCUAUUUCACCACAGGACGCCAUCAGCUCCUCUUCUUUCCCAAUGAAUAGACAAACUUUUGAGAAGUGGAAGUGACUCAACAGGUCACUUUUGAUUCAACCACGCAAGACUACAACUUCCUUGACCACGUCUUUCAAUUUUUUUGGGUAGCCUGCAGGUGGGGAUGUAUAUGAGGGAUUUGAUUUAGCUUGAUAGUCCAAUCUUAGGACCUGUACAAUGUAGGUUCUUCUUUACAGUUUUGUACAUUUGAAACUUCUGCAUUCUUUUUAUGCUUAUCAUAAUGUGAAUAAAUAUACCCUCAUUAAUUUGCUGCUCGCUUUGGGUUUUGCUAUUACUUUUGUGGGGUGGAUUAUGGAAUGUGUGUGUAAUGCCUCAUUUUCAAUCUCC